CUUAUGUAUCUGUCAAAGAAAAGUGACAUGCGGUCAAUAGAAUUCACUAUGAUCUAUUUUAUUUUUCAAAUUAUUUGUAAUUAAACAUACAAAUUUUAUGUGUAAUGUCGUUAUUCGACAACGCUGUUUUUAAUUCCACCCUGUACGAGGCUCUGUAUCUUCAGAUUGGGGAUACGUUGUCUUUCGCGAGGGAUUUCUUCGAUUCAUGCGUUUCGUCGUUGCCGAUCGAGAGUUUUCCCAAAUCUAUUGUUAAUUUCCCUGAGCUAUCGUUUUACGACGAGCUCGCUGAGGUUUUCUACUUCAACGAGUUCCAAUUUCUUCUUUUAAAGACGUUUUCCUUGAUUCUCUUGUUUACAUUGUUAUUGAUUUUUAUUUCGUGGCGAGUAUACGGCAAUCGUAUAUCGGAGAGGUUUAUGAAACCCGCAACAUCAGCAACAAUUGAACAACUAAAAGAAAGUGUAUCCAAACUCAAACUACCAAAAGAGCACACACCUAGGAUCUAAACAAGAUGGCGGACCGAAUAAAGAAGUUCUUUCAAAAGAAAAAGGUCGAUGCCAAAUUUAAAAUGGCGGGUCCGGGGCACAAGUUGAGCGAGUCGACACUUAGCAGUCAGAGUUCCGAUGCAUCAAGAAGAGAGGCCCCGGUGAAGAGGUCGGGGUUGUCGGAGGAGAGUAAGGUGGCUGCUGAUGCAGCUUUGGCUAGGCUUCAGCAGAAGAGAGAGAAUCCAUCUUUUAAUACGUCAUUGGCUGCUAUACAGGCGCAAGUGAAGAAAGAAUUAGAGAAUGAAAGAGCCUCGAAGGCAUCAGAAUCGACAUCCAAAUCAGCACACACGGUUCCAGAACCGCGGGAGGUCGAAGUCGACGUGCCACGGAACUAUGCGGCCAGUGGAGUCUAUUUUAAGUGCCCAUUAAUUAGCAACGAUAUAUUACCGCGCGAUGAAUGGAAGAAAAAUAUAAAAACGUUCUUGUAUGAGCAGUUGGAGGAAGAGAGAGGGCUGACAGCCUGUCUCAUGAUACAAUCAUGUAACGGUAAUAGGGAAAAGGUUGAAACAUGUGUGGAAACACUAUGCAAGUACUUAGAGAACAUUGUAACGCAUCCCGAUGAAGAGAAGUAUCAAAAGAUAAGAAUGAGUAACAGGGUAUUUGCUGAGAGGGUACAGCCUAUAGAAGGCUCGAUGGAGUUGUUACUAGCGGCUGGCUUCACGCAAACGAAGCUGCCUAACCCAGAGGGCGUUGACGAAGACUUUCUCGUCUUUCAGAGGGAUAAUGUCCCUUCAAUUGAAAGUUUGGUGGGCCUCAUAGACGCUCUCCGCUCAGCCGAACCCAUUCAAUUAGAGCUGGAUAGGAACCUGCAAGUGUUGUUACCAUCUCAAGCCGCGCAUAAGGUGCAACUGCCGCCGUCCUUCUAUGCUCUCUCUCCAGAAGAGAUUAAGAGGGAACAACAGUUGAGGACUGAAGCUAUAGAAAGAAGUCAGAUGCUGCGAACUAAAGCGAUGCGAGAGAAAGACGAGCUCAGAGAGAUGCGGAAAUACAAGUUUGCUAUCAUCAGGGUUCGAUUCCCGGACGGCAUUCUGUUGCAGGGCACAUUUUCAGUGUAUGAACGUUACAAUGAAGUCCAUGAAUUCGUUCGAGAGAACCUCGAACACGAUCUACCUUUUGUUCUCAACAUGCCAACUGGCCACAAACUUAUACCAGAGGAAGAUGCAAAUAAGACCCUUAUCGACCUACGAUUAGUACCGGCGAUAAUACUCACAUUCGCCUGGCACUCGUCGGUAGCUGAGCAAAUACAUAACAGCCCGAAUAAAGAUGUUUAUUUGAAGCCAGAAGUCAUGGUUUUGGUGCAAGAAGUGGCAAUGGCGGUGAAACUGGUUCGAGGGCUGAAGACCGACCUACUUACCUGUUUGACGCCUCGGCGAGCAAAAGCUUGCGCCCUGCGACUAAUCGUUGCAUGUUUAAGCGAACUAUUUAAUUUAUUCUAAUGUAAUGUAUAUUAUGAUGUUCAAAUAAAAUAAAACAUGUUAUA